GAAUUGUGAAUCAGUUUGAAAUUCGAUUCAGUCUUAAAGGGUUUCUUAAUUCAAUUGUCCACAAUGUGGAAGAAAGUAAUUGUGUUUUGUUUCUUCGUGUACUUUAUUUCUUUGGCAAAUGGAAAUCGAAUUGAAGCACCUGGGAGAGUUUAUGAAUGGAAAAUUCAUGAGCUAUUGGAAGAUUUGCGUCAGCGGAUGUGUUACGAUGAUCCUGAAGGGCUUCCCCAGUUGGAACCUUUGAUUUUGAAUGAUCAUUAUGAUUUUGGGUAUCAAAACGGAAAUACCAAGAUCAACGCUUUCGUCCGCAACUUGCGUAUUCAGGGACUUUCUACGUUCGUUGUCGACUACCUCACUUUCUUGCUUACCCUAAAAUUUAACGUUACAUUGGUUUUACCGCAACUGCAUAUCACAGGAGAUUAUGGUGUAGAUGGGAACUUGGGAGGGUUUUUCAAAAUAAAGGGAAAUGGUCCAUUUCGGCUCGACUUUCGAGGAAUUCAACUAAGCGCUGGUGCGAAUUUUAUAUACAAUGGAGGAUUGUCACUGCAAAAUUUAAAACUCGACCCGAAAUUAGAUUCUCUCCAAGCGGAUCUUAAAAACUUAACGGCCAAUGAAAUGCUCACCAUGAUCAUAAACGGAAUUAUCUCCAACGCAGUACCGAGCAUCAUCAAUGAACACAUUCCGCCGGAAACAAUGGAAUCCAUUGUAAGAUACAUCGAAGACUCCGCGACUAAUCUCGUAAAAGAUAUAACAGUUUCCGAUUUGUUGGGAAUAAUCUCUGGAGGAGCCUCUGUUUUACCACCAAUCGAUCCAGAAAGGACUUGCAAAGUGGAACAGGACGAAACUGGGAAAAUAAUUCUACUAAAAUGAACGCAGGGUGAGGAAGUACAAGCAACGAGGACGAGAGCUGUUUAGGCAAAAUAUCCAAUAAAACUAUUACCUUUAACUAGUUAAUAAACAAGUCGGGAAACCGGAAGCUGGACGCUUCAGUUACGAAA